GCUUCGGACGCCGUCGGUCGGCGCGGCUGCGCUGGGCAACUGGGCACUUUGAAAUGCAGCGCGAUUUAAUGAGUUUCCCCCUGGCCCCGGCUGUGCGCGUGAAGCUCGUGUCUGCAGGUUUUGAGACCGCAGAGGAACUCCUCGAGGUGAAACCCUCGGAGCUCAGCAAAGAAGUUGGGAUAUCUAAAGAGGAAGCCUUAGAAACUCUGCAAAUUUUAAGAAGAGAAUGUCUCACUAAUAAACCAGGAUGUGCUGGAACAGCUGAGUCAGGCAAGAAGUGUACAGCACUGGAACUUCUUGAGCAGGAGCAUACCCAGAACUUCAUAAUUACCUUCUGUUCAGCACUAGAUAAUAUUCUUGGGGGUGGAGUACCCUUAACCAAAACAACAGAGAUUUGUGGUGCACCAGGUGUUGGAAAAACACAAUUAUGUAUGCAAUUGGCAGUAGAUGUGCAGAUACCAGAAUGUUUUGGAGGAGUGAAUGGUGAAGCGGUUUUUAUUGAUACCGAAGGAAGUUUUAUGGUUGAUAGAGUGGUAGAUCUUGCUACUGCCUGUAUUCAGCACCUUCAUCUUAUAGCAGGAACACAGAUGGAAGAGGAGUAUUCAAAAGCUUUAGAGGAUUUCACUCUUGAGAAUAUUCUUUCCCAUAUUUAUUAUUUUCGUUGUUGUGACUACAUAGAACUAUUGGCACAAGUUUACCUCCUUCCAGACUUCCUUUCAGAACACCCAAAGGUUCGAUUAGUUAUAGUGGAUGGGAUUGCAUUCCCUUUUCGUCAUGACUUAGAUGACCUACCACUUCGGACUCGAUUACUGAAUGGCCUGUCCCAGCAAAUGAUCAGCCUUGCAAAUAAUCACAGAUUAGCUGUAAUAUUAACUAAUCAGAUGACAACAAAAAUUGAAAAAAACCAAGCCUUGCUGGUUCCUGCAUUGGGGGAAAGUUGGGGACAUGCUGCUACCAUUCGGCUAAUCUUUCAUUGGGACCAAAAGCAAAGGUUGGCAACUUUGUACAAAUCACCAAGUCAGAAGGAAACUACAGUGCUGUUUCAAAUCACACCUCAAGGAUUUAGAGAUGCUGUUGUUUCUGCAUGUUCAUCACAAACAGAAGGUUUGUUGAGUUCCCGGAAACGGUCACGAGAAUCAGAAUAAGAACAGGAUCCAAAGACUUGUCAAAGUAUGCAUGUGUUCAUGUCCUGAGUUGUGGAAUAUAUAAGUAGUAAAUUCAUGCUAUAGUGUGUGUUUAUAUAUAUAUAUAUUUUUUAAUUCUUUUAUUAAUUCACCAUGUGGAAAGUUACAAAGCUUUCAGGUUAAAGUCUCAGUUAUACAAUGCUCAAACACACAUCCCUUCACCAGUGCACAUAUUCCACCACCAAGAAUCACGAUAUGUGUUUAUAUUUUAAAGUGAUGAAUAAAGCAUGGGCCAGGGCGACAGUACAGCAUGUAGGAUAUUUGCCUUGCAUGCAGCAACCUGUUUUCAAUCUCCAGUGUCCUAAAUGGUCCCUGAGCACCACCUGGUGGUGUUCCCCAGUGCAGAGCUAGGAGUAAUCCUUGAGCAUUGCUGGGUAUUACCCAAAAACAAAACAAAAAAAAGAAUCAGAUGAAGUGAGUGGGAAGAACACUAAAAUGCUUUAUUGUAAAAGUUAUUUUAAUUUCCAAUAACAUUCAUUAGGGAUGGUAUAGUUAUUGUAAAUUUUGCUAUUCUGGAAAGGUUCAUCUCCUGGGGCAAAUCUGAAUUUCAUAUUUAUACUGUGUUUUAUUCUUUGCCAGUUUCCUAGGAAAUGCUAGUAAGAGAGGAUUAUUUUUUUACAUUUCCAUUGUGUUAUCUUUACUUGUAUAAUUGUACUCUGUUUACUUGAAUAUACACUGACAUUCUUAAACAAGACCCUUUCGUUUUUGUUUUUUGGGCCACAUGCAGUUGAACUAUGGACUUACUUCAGGCUGUGCCCUCAGGGAUCAAACCUGGGUCCAUCACGUACAAGGCAAGUGCCCUACCCACUGGGCUAUCACUCCAGCACUGAAAACAUGACCCAGUUUUUGUUUGAGAUGUAUGUAGUUCAGUAGUAGAACUUGCCUUGCAUGUGAAAAGCUCUGCUUUCAAUCCCUAGCACUGCAGAAAUUAAAAAAAUAUGACCCAUUUUUUGUUAUAAGGAAAACUCCAGCAUCAUGAGUGAGCAUAUUGUUAUAUUCAGUUUAAGAGUAUAAUUCAUGGGGUGGGGGGGAUGGGAUAGGGGGUGGGAGGGAUACUGGGUUCAUAAGUGGUGGAGAAUGGACACUGGUGGAGGGAUGGGCUCUCAAACAUUGCAUGAGGGUAAAACAAGCACAAAAAUGUGUGAAUCUGUAAUUGUACCCUCACUGUGACUCACUAAUUAAAAAAUCAGUAAAUUAUUUUUUUAAAAAAGAGUAUAAUUCAGGGGCUGGAGCGGUAGUACAGCAGGUAGGGCGCUUGCCUUGCACGUGGCCGACCUGGGUUUGAUUCCCAGCAUCCCAUGUGGUCCCCUGAGCACCAACAAGGAUAAUUCCUGAAUGCAGAGCCGGGAGUGACCCCUGUGCAUCGCCAGGUGUGACCCAAAAAGCAAAUAAAAAAAAGUAUGAUUUUAAAUUUUAGAUUACCGGGGGCUGGAGCAAUAGCACAGCAGAUAGGGCUUUUGCCUUGCAUGAAGCUGACCCAGGUUUGGUUCCUCCGCCCCUCUCGGAGGGCCCAGCAAGCUACCAAGAAUAUCUCGCCCACACGGCAGAGCCUGACAAGCUACCCAUGGUGUAUUUAAUAUGCCAAAAAACAGUAACAACAAGUGUCACAAUGGAGACGUUACUGGUGCCUGCUCGAGCAAAUCGAUGAGCAACGUGAUGACAGUGAUACAGUGAUAGUAGAUGACUGGACCAACUUUAGUGUCUCAAUUCUUAAUGUCUAUGCCCCUUAUUAUUUUUUUUUAAUUUAUUUUUUAAUUGAGUCACCGUGAGAACAAUUACAGGGCUUUUAGGGUUGAGUCUCAGUCAUACUAUGCUCAAACACUCAUCCCUUCACCAGUGCACAUGUUCCACCACCAUUAACCCCAGCAUCCCUUCCCUCCACUCCCCCCUGCCUGUGUGGCAGAUGGUUUUCACUUUACUCUCUCCUUACUUUUGAUUACAUUCAAUUUUCGACAGGAAACUCAUUAUCAUUUGGAGUUUUUCCUCCAACAGUCAGACCUGUUAGAAUGGUAUCAUUAGAUUGUAUGUUUUCUGUUGUUGGUAACAAAGAUCAUAUGAAAUGGACGCUCAGAUGUGGCGGAGCCAUUCCUGAGUGUAUAUUUUGUAUAUCAGGAAAGGUCUCUCGGUCGAGAUGUCCCAGUCCCGCAUACCGGAGCCGUGUUAGAAGCUUAGUGUCGCCGGGGCUCCAUCUGGAGAAGCUGGUUGUACCUUCUCUGUCUGGCACCCCGGUGUUGUUGGCCUGGUCUGGGGUCCGGAUAAGCCCCUUAAUUUUGUGUGUGUGAUAUUUUAUAAUUUGAAUUUUUUUAAUUUAUUAUUAUUAUUAUUUUUUUGGUUUUUGGGUCACACACGGUGUUGCACAGGGGUUACUCCUGGCUCAUGCACUCAGGAAUUACUCCUGGUGGUGCUCAGGGGACCAUAUGGGAUGCUGGGAAUCAAACCCGGGUCGGCCGCGUGCAAGGCAAACACCCUACCCACUGUCCUAUUGCUCCAGCCCACUAUAAUUAGAAAAUUUUUAAUUCCAUCUAGAAAUUCUUUUGAACAUAGACCUUCUAGUAUAGGUUGAUAAGCUCACUGUUUUUAUUUCUACAUUUUUUAAAACAUGAUUAUUGAACAAUUCUAAAUGUAUUGAUAUUUUUGAAUAUAUCAAACAUUAACAUUAUUCAAUUAAAUUAUUUUUGGAGUUUUCAUCUUCUAGUUUCAGGAAUUAAAUCCAGGACCUCAUGCAUGUGAGAUAUGUGCUCUACCACUGAGCCACAUUCCUGGCCCUGAAUUUUUUUGUUGUUUUGUUUUUGGGCCACACCCAGCUGUGCUUAGGGGUUACUCUUGGCCCAGUGCCCAGGAAUCACUCCUGGCAGUGGUCAGGGGACCAUAUGGGAUGCCGGGGAUCGAACCCAGGUCAGCUGUUUACAAUGCAAUCACCCUUCCCUUCUGUACUAUCACUCCAGACCUUGGCCCUGGAAUUUGUUGUUAUUUCCUUGCUAUAAACUCCCAUAGCUGAGGGGGGAGUAUUCAAGUAUAUCUCUCUUUCCUAUUCCUCUUGGUACAUUUUAUCCUUUGUUAUGACAUUUCCUUGUAUAAUUUUGAGGUCUCCUUAUCUAUAAUUUGUUUCCUGAAUAUUUCAGCAUCAUCCAAAAACUUUAUGGCACCAGCUCCUUUUUAGUACUUCUCAAAUCAAGGUAUUUUGAUUUUCAGUGAUAGAAGAUGAUUUAAAUUAUUGGAUAGUAAAUACUGUGACAAUAUUAUUUUCCAGAUUUUAGUGAUAGUAGCAUUUUCUGUCCCAGAAUAAUUGUUCUGUAAUUGAUUCUACUUAGAGAAACCAUAAUUUACCAGGACAUUUAUAGAAUGAAAGUAGCAAUUACACUGGGAUAGUGGACAUAAACUCACCUGUCACAGAGAAAUUAGGUAGGUGAUUCUUCUAAUUAUGUAAGACUAAUUUGAGAUGAUCACUUAAGGACAGGAUACAAUAUUUAAAUAUUUUGUUGGGGGCUGGAGCAAUAGCACAGCGGGUAGGGCGCUUGCCUUGCAUGCGGCCGACCCAGGCUGACCCAGGUUCGAAUCCCAGCAUCCCAUAUGGUCCCCUGAGCACCGCCAGGGGUAAUUCCUGAGUGUAGAACCAGGAGUAACCCCUGUGCAUUGCUGGGUGUGACCCAAAAAGCAAAAAUAAAUAAAUAAAUAAAUAAAUAUUUUGUUUCUGAGGGCUUUAAAGUAUAUACUUUUUAAAUUAUAAUUAAUGUACUCAUUGUAAAACACAAUUAGUGUAAUUUUAUAUUGUUUCUGUUCAUAACAACAUAAUGUCUGCAGAGGGGGUUGAAAGUUUUUUUUAUAAAACACUGCUUUGAAGAACUAUAGGAUUCUAAAUGUAAAUGAAGUAUAUUUAUUUUUGUUUAUAAUUAUCUUUAAAUAAAAAUUAUUUAACAGUC